CUACACCUCACACUGCCAUACUCCUGGGCUCUAAUUACAUGCGCAUGUAUGAAUAAUGCCUCACUCAGUAUCGCCACAGUCAACCCAGACACAGGAUGCGCCAAUGGCAAAUACCCAACCAGAGAAUGGCGCCACAGAGGAUAUCAAGAUGGAGGACGGAGAAGCAGCCACCGAGACCAAACGCACCGUAAAUCUAGACGAUAUGUUUGGAGAUGGAGACUCAGAUGAUGAAUAUUCAUCGAGUGCUCCUGUGGUCAAAGAUGAGAUUCCGUCGUCGCCACCAGUGCCGGCGCCUGUAUCGCGAAAUGCCAGCAACUCAGACACCGAGGUUAUGCGAGCCUUUUACCAACGUCUCUGUCCCUUUCGAUAUCUUUUUCAAUGGCUGAAUCAUUCACCUGUCCCAACGGCUGAUUUCAUGCAUCGCGAAUUCGCUUUCACUGUACCGCGUGGCGCGGACGAUGUAUAUCUUCGCUACCAAUCUUUUCUUACUGCUGACCUGCUUCGCAAACAGUGCGUCCAAAUGGUUCCCUCACGUUUCGAGAUCGGGCCCCAGUACACAACCGACCCACGGGAACGAAAGACGUUACGAAAAGCUUCCGCGUUUCGCCCGAUCAAGAAAGAGCUUGUUUUCGACAUAGAUAUGACAGAUUAUGACGAUAUUCGGGCAUGCUGUAAAGGCGCGAGUAUCUGCCAUAAGUGCUGGACGUUUAUAACCAUGGCGAUAAAAGUCGUCGACAAGGCUUUAAGGGAAGAUUUCGGCUUCGAACUCAUUCUGUGGGUCUAUUCUGGUCGCCGUGGUGCUCACGCAUGGGUUUGCGACAAGAAAGCGAGAGAGAUGGACGACACUAGGAGGAGAGCUAUUGCUGGCUAUCUAGAAUUGCUCAAAGGCGGCGAUAAAAGUGGGAAGAAGGUCAAUAUAAAAAGACCGCUCCACCCGCAUCUUACCCGGUCCCUCAACCUCCUCAGCUCCCACUUUCAAGAAGACGUUCUCAUCUCGCAAGACCCCUGGGCAAGCGAAGACAAAGCCGCACACCUCCUCUCCCUCAUUCCCGACCUUAAACUCCGCGAAGCCCUACAGAAGAAAUGGGACUCGUCACCGGGUCGCGCCUCCAUCUCCAAAUGGGGCGAUAUCGACAAGUCUGCCGAGAGCGGCGUCUCAGCGUCGCUCGACAAGAAGGCCUUGCUGAACGCGAAGCAAGAUAUCGUACUCGAAUACACGUAUCCUCGACUCGAUGCUGAAGUGUCUAAGAAGCUGAUCCAUUUGCUGAAAAGCCCGUUCUGCGUGCAUCCUGGCACAGGCAGGAUCUGUGUGCCGAUCGAUACACGCAAGCUAGAGGAAUUCGAUCCUUUCAGUGUUCCGACAGUCACUCAAUGCUUGGGCGAGAUUGAUUCCUGGGAAGGCGGGGACGAAACGGAGGGAAGAACUAUCAAUGAUUGGGAGAAGACGAGUUUGAAGGAGUAUAUCGACUACUUCAGGAGCUUUGUGGCGGAGGUCAUUAAGGAAGAGGGAAGGGGAAAGAGAGAGAGGGGUGAUGACGACGAUAUGGAAUUUUAACGGACUUCUCGACGUGUUAAGAGUGGCGUUCAAUAGGGUUUUGUUCCGCGGCCCAUCAUGGGAUGGUGUCGAUUCGUGCUUUAGGCGGGUCGUUCUCCGUGAUGAUUUGAGAACAUAUUUGGAAGUAGCAUCGCACAUAGAUAUAGGAAACUUUCAUACGAGGGAUGGAUCAUGAUUCAGAAUUUCAUAUUAGCUACAGAUAUUCUGAAAGCUAGAGAGUAUCAUGAUCUAUCCG